UCCUCGCAAACCCCAAUAAAAACCCUCCCUUCCCUCCCUGCCCUUUUGGAUGCUCCUCUGUCUUCGCCUCGUCACUUCCCAGUCCCCGCGCGCUACCAAUGGAGAUGCCGCUGCUCUCCUCUUCCGCCGUCGCCAUCGCCUGAGCUCAUUUCUCCCAUUCCAUUGGUAGUUAAGGCAACUUGCUGCCAUGGCUUUUGCCGCGCUCUUCGACUCCCUCUACUGCCCUGAGGACCACCUCGACCUGUACCAAGAACCCGGCGAGGAGGAGCAGUGGCCCGAGCAGCAGCGGCAGCGCGCAGCGGUUCUUGAUGACGAGCUGCCGACGCUGUUCGAGGCGUACAGGGGCAAGGAGGGGGUGGUGCUGCCACCGGCGGGUGAGGGGGAGGGGGACGGGUACGGCGGCCCGGCGGGGAGGGAGGCGGCGGUCGGGUGGGCGGCGCGGGCCGUGGCGAGGUUGGGCUUCUCCGCGCUCACCGCCGCGCUCGCCACCGCGUACCUCGACCGGUGCUUCCUCGGCGGCGCGCUCCGGCUAGGCGGCCAGCCGUGGAUGGCGCGCCUCGCCGCCGUCGCGUGCGUCGCGCUCGCGGCCAAGGUCGAGGAGACGCACGUGCCGCUGCUCCUCGACCUCCAGCUCUGCGCCGCCGCCAACGCCAAUGCCAACCCCGCAGAUGGGGGGGAAGGCGACGCCUACGUGUUCGAGGCCAAGACGGUGCGCCGGAUGGAGCUCCUUGUGCUCUCCGCGCUCGGCUGGCGGAUGCACCCUGUCACGCCCUUCUCCUACCUCCAGCCCCUCCUCGCCAACGCCGCCGUGCGCCUGGACCACUGCGAGAGCGUUCUGCUCGCGGUCAUGGCCGAUGGGAGGUGGCCUCGGCAUCGGCCGUCAGCAUGGGCCGCCGCCGCGUUGCUCGCCACCGCCGGCGCCUGCGACGACCACUCGGAACUCCUGGAGCUCAUCAAUACCCCUGAGGACGAGAUCGCGGAGUGCGCCAAGAUCAUCUCCGAGGCGACGGGCAUGAGCUUCCUUGCCGGCGACAUCGGCAUCGUUGGCGGUGGCAAUAAGCGGAAGCACGCGGCAGCGCGGAUGUACUCGCCGCCGCUGAGCCCGAGCGGCGUAAUUGGCGCGCUGUCCUGCUUCAGCAGCGAGAGCUCGUCGUCCGCCAGCGCGGACUCGCGGUCCCCGGCGGCGGUCGCCGCUUGGGCGGCCUCCGCGCCCGUGUCAGUGUCGUCCUCACCGGAGCCCCCCGGCCGGGCGUCCAAGCGCGCGGUGGCGACGCUCGCGCUCCCGCUUCCCCCCGACGAGGAGAGCCGCGACGCCUGGCCGUCCACCUGCGCCGCGUGACGCAGCGGCACCGCACGGCACGGUAGAACGAGCGGAGGAGAUAAGGACCAACCAGCAACUGGUGACCGAGGCCGCCAUUGCCAAGAAGAGGCAAGAAGCAAAGAUGUAAUCUUUGGUUGCUUAUCGCAGCACAGUUUGCAAUGACGGUUCUCGUUGUUUGGGAAGUGGAGAUGGAGGAAGAUAAUUAGAGUAAAUUAGCAGUUGAGAACAACGGUGGUUAAGAUUAAUCGCAACUGUAAUGGUGAUUCUUGCCUUAGUCUUGCUACGCUUAAGCAUCACCAGAGGAAGGAAGUGGGAAGGAGAAGGAAAGCAAGCCAAGCUUGGUGCGUGACCUGCCAGCCAAACGCAGCAACGGCAGCGGGAAGGAAGGGCCCCUCUUGUCCUGUCUGGGAAAGCGCAGUACUGGUGUCUGGUUGCUUCUCUCUCCUCCAUCUCCUUCUUCUUUCUCUCUCUAGAGAGUAGUAACAUUUUCCUCCAUCUCCUUUCUCUGGAGAGUGACACAUUUUCUUUCAUCAAUGCAAUGCAGCGGUUCCCCACUCCCCAUGAACAGUGCUUGAAAGAUGAGCCUCCAUUA